GAAUUGAUGGCCAAUCUGGAAGUUAGAUUUCCUCUGGACACACUUGACAAAAUAUUAAAUCCCCAAUUGUACAAUGCUGGAGAGCAGAAAUAUGGACUGGAGCAAAAAUGUACAAACGAGCAAAAAUGUACAAACGAGUUGAAUAUCACCAGUGGUCCUCAGAAGAAAAAAACUCCCUACCUUCAACUGAUGAAACAUUGUGAGGAUGAUAAAAUAUCUGAGGACAGUUUUACAAAAAAAAGAGAUUUUUUUUGCAUAUCCGCCAAGUUAAAUAGCUGUCGAUAUGCCAAAAAUGGCAAAAUCGCCAAAUUAAGUAGCGCCAGAGAGAACACAUGAAAUUCCAGCAAUUUUGCAAAGUCCUACCCUUAGGAAAAAAAACAUGUUUUGACAUGCGUGGAGAAAAAGGGUACAUGUUCUCACUUAGUUCUACACAUUUUUACUUCAAUCCUCCCAUGUGUG